AAACGUCAGUCGAUUCGCGCACCUGAGAUUGACAGAACAACGCGCGCAAUGUCAUCACAUUUAAUUAACGAAAAAUAUCAUAAUGAUACAAAAAUAAAUACAUUGAACGCGUUCACUGAUAAGAAUUUAGUACCAUUGAGUGGUAGAUAUAGAUCGAAAAGUUUGUCUAGUGAUAAGUUGAAUAAAACAAACGCUGAUCGUGCGGCUAUAUUGGAAGAUGUCGAGGUCCAGUACAUAACAGACAAGUCUGAGACACCUGGCUGUCUCGUCGGAAAUAGAGAUAUGGUUAGCGGACAACUGAAUAUAAACGGGUACAAUGAUGGGCACGUAUCGUACGGGACGGACAAUCAGAUCCGUGGGCGGAGAGUCAUAUUCUGUGUCCACGGGAACCCGUCGACGGGAUGCUGUGCGGUCAUCGAGACCAGCGCCGACGGCGAUGACUCGGAGAAAAGGAACGGAAGCAUCUCAGAGGCUGAAAGGCAUUGUCACAGAUCGCGAAACGAAGAGAUAGACAAGAGAGCGAGAAGGAAACUCAUCGUGGCCAGCGUGCUGUGCGUCAUAUUCAUGAUAGGGGAAAUAGUAGGCGGGUACUUGUCCAACAGCUUAGCGAUAGCGACCGACGCCGCGCACCUGCUCACCGACUUCGCCAGUUUCAUGAUAUCCUUGUUCUCGCUGUGGGUCGCUAACAGACCCGCCACCAGACGGAUGUCGUUCGGGUGGUACCGCGCGGAGGUGAUCGGCGCGCUGACGUCGGUGCUGCUCAUCUGGGUGGUGACGGGCGUGCUGGUGUACCUCGCCGUGCAGCGGGUGCUCUACCAGGACUUCAACAUCGAUGCCACCGUCAUGCUCAUCACCUCCGCCGUCGGCGUCGCCGUCAACCUCGUCAUGGGCCUGACUCUACACCAGCACGGGCACUCGCACGGGGGAGGAGCUCAUGGACACUCGCAUGGACCCAGCAACCCCGUCCUCAACAACAGGGAGGCGGCGGGCGCGGAGGCGGGGGCCGGGGGGGCGGCGCGCGCGGAGAACAUCAACGUGCGCGCCGCCUUCAUCCACGUGCUCGGAGACUUCCUGCAGAGCUUCGGCGUGCUCGUCGCCGCCAUCGUCAUCUACUUCGAGCCGAGUUGGAUCCUCAUGGACCCUAUCUGCACGUUCCUGUUUUCCAUCCUGGUUCUCAUCACGACCUUCAAUAUCAUCAAAGACGCGCUUCUUGUGCUGAUGGAGGGGUCCCCCCGAGGGCUGGACUUCCAGGAGGUGGCGGACACGUUCCUGGCGCUGCCGGGCGUGCUGCGCAUCCACAACGUGCGCAUGUGGGCGCUCACGCUCGACAAGCCCGCGCUCUCCGCGCACCUCGCCAUCCGUAGCGGAGUCAGCCCGCAGAAAGUCUUGGAAGAGGCGACCCGUCUCGUCCACGAGAAGUACAACUUCUUCGAGAUGACCCUCCAGAUCGAAGAAUUCAGCAACGGCAUGGAGCAGUGCAGCCAGUGCAAGGUGCCCCAGGCCUGACGCCCCCCGGGAUCCGACACGUCCCACCCUCGUGUUCCGAAUUAUUCUAGUUUCUAAUGUUUUCAAUCUCCAUUACGUCGUCACUUCCAAUCAACUCGAAGUAUUUAAGGGACAGGACGUCUCUGAAUCCGCAAACACAUAUCUGAAGGUUGUGUAACACUGCGAGCACUAGAUCAUAAUAAGACAAUGCAGUUAAUCGCGUGGUGCGCCCCCCUCCCCCCGCGGCACGGCGCCGCUCCACGCUGCUCAUAUGAUUGCGAGUAUUAUCUAUUUACAAAUAAUAUAAAGUUUAUAUUUAUUUUAGUCAUAAAAUUCCUGUUUUGGUAAUGAUGAUAAUACUAACGAAUUUAGUAGGUAUUUAUUAAAUUGUAGCUAAUAUCCAAAACGCGGUAGUAAACCUUAAUCAUUUAUUAAAUGAAAACAUUACAAUUAUCGGUUCGGACAAUUUAUAGAGUUUAUGAAAGGUCACGACGUGCCUUAUUAUCGCUGCGGCCCAAGGACUGCUGCGGGAACUAUCAAGACCAUUAGCUUAAGUAUUUAUUGAACACAUUCCCAAAGUGCAACUGUUAAUGAAUAUAAGCGACGCGCUCGCGGGGUAACUGACCCGCGCCGGGCCGGCGGCGUGUCGGGACGCUUCGCCCGGCGCCAGUCUGCCGCGCGCCGCCGCCGCCGCCGCACGCGACCCUACACAGGACGAUACAACGAACGUGCGGACUAAACUUGCAGCGAAUUUUAUAAUUAAGGAAGUCUUCCAAAUGUCUAGUAAUAAGUAUAUUAAAUAAUGAGUUUUCUCUCGAAAUAAAUGUUGUUUUUUUUU